AUGCUCGUCCGCAUACGAGCCCUCUGUCCUCGUUGCCGAGGUUUCCAUGCAUCUGCUCGUCGUACACAUCUAGUCGGGGCCCCUCAUCCUGUCUCUAACCUACGCCCUAUCAUUUAUAACGAUACCGCCCCUAUGCGCUCUACUGCCGCUACACAUCCGUAUUCGCUAACCGAGUUCGAGGGCGAUACUCAGGAGUACCAGUGGAAGAUACAGCGGCAGCAGCUGGACGCAUAUAAUCAUGCCUUUUGGGCGGAUAGCAAUUCUCGCUUCCAAGCUGCCAAAGCUGCCGUGCUCGAGAGCCUCCCUGAGUCAUGUACCGCAGAGGACCGCGAAUUCGUCCUAUCCGAGUUCUACAGACGCUGGGUCGUGCAGGAGAUGCCCCGCCAAAAAGAGUAUGACGCGGAGUGGAGGAAGCAGAAUUGGAAGAGCAUUUCACUUGGAGCACGCCUCGCAUUCGACAAGUUUGCCGCUCGCAUCUCACACCCCUUUUCAUCGAGCAAAAUUAAGAACGAAUGA